AACGGGUUAAAAUGAAAUACGGUAUGGUCAGUGGCGAUGGCGUCGGCCCAGAAUCAUUCCCUAAACAAUUCAAUUCAAAGACCAUCUCCGACCCUCCUCCAUUGCUAUACUCCAGAACGAUCUCUCUUUUUAUAAAUUGACGGAACAGGGAAGCAAACUGUAGUCUAAUCAGAAACUUUCUAUUACUCAAUACACAUGGCGACAUCGGGUUUACACAAGCUCCUAAAUAUAGGCACCAAGAUCGUCGCCGUCGGGCGUAACUACGCCGCCCAUGCCAAAGAACUCGGAAACGCUGUUCCUAAGGAGCCUGUUUUGUUUCUGAAACCGACGUCGUCGUACUUAGAGAACGGCGGUACGAUUGAGGUUCCACAUCCGUUGGAAUCGCUUCAUUACGAGGUUGAGCUCGCAGUCGUGAUCGGUCAGAAAGCUCGUGAUGUACCUCAAUCCUCUGCCAUGGAUUAUGUGGGAGGCUAUGCUGUUGCACUGGAUAUGACUGCCAGAGAAAUUCAGUCUGUUGCAAAGGCUGGUGGUCUUCCUUGGACAGUCUCUAAAGGGCAGGACACGUUUACACCGAUUAGCUCUGUUCUCCCGAAAUCGAUGGUGCCUGACCCUGAUAACCUUGAACUCUGGCUAAAGGUUGAUGGUGAAGUACGACAGAAGGGCUCCACAAAAGAUAUGAUUUUUAAGAUUCCAUAUCUCAUUAGCCAUAUAAGUUCUAUCAUGACACUUUUUGAAGGAGACGUUAUAUUAACAGGCACUCCGGAAGGUGUUGGCCCUGUGAAAGUAGGCCAAAAGAUAACUGCUGGAAUAACAGGCCUCCUGGAUGUUCACUUUGAUGUAGACAAGCGUCGAAAGCCACCAACUUCUUGAUCUCAAGUGCUUCUGGCUACUGUUUGCUGGUUUUGGCAGAAACAAUCCUUUCAAAUUCUCUUCAAGGGGCUUAGCAGAGAUUAUCAGAAUAAAUGCCUGGUGAGAGCACUUUAAGAAAAUCAAAUAAUCAUCUUUUCUCCUCCAAAGCUUUGACAUUCAAAGGCAUAUGGAUUUCUUAACAUAGAACAUUUAUGUCAAUACAAUUUAUUGACUUCAUAGACAUAUAGCAUUUUGGUAACUGUGGAUCUUAUUGGGUCUAACUUUUGCAGUAAACCCCAAUAUUGAUGUGUUUCAUCCGCCA